AUGGGGGUCGCUCGCAAUUAGUUUAUUCCAACUGGAUUGACAUUUAAAUAACAGCCCGCACGCACAGCAUGUCCUAUCAUUUGGUCAGCAUGGACAGCCAACAGUGGUGGUUCUGGUGGAGGCGGAUCCCUGCCUGGAUGUGGAAGAAACUGAUAGCCGUGUUACCUACAGUCUUAGCUGGCUUUAAAAGCUACUCGAGCCGACUCAGAGAGAUGGCUGAAAUAGCAGGAGCCGAAGCGGGCGUGUUGGCCAUCAGUUUAAUAGUUAACAAACAGCUCCACACCUUGGAGAGGUCCAUCUGGCUGGUAGUUGUCCUGAGCAGUAUCUACGCCGCUAUUAUGCUCAGCGGCCUGCAGUACGAGCGGUACCUCAACUCCCCCACAGUCAUUUCGGUGGAUCGAGACUACCGUGGCUGGAAUGGAUCGUUGCCGGCAGUCACCCUGUGCUACUACGAUCACAUAGACUCCUUUAAGGCGAACGAGUACAUUCAGGAUGUGUGGAACGUGUCCAUUAUUGAUGAGGACUACUUCUACUUUAUGGACUUCCUGUAUGCGGUGGUCAAUGCCACUGCCAGCAACUACGCGGAGCUGGCCAAGUUUGCGGAGGACGAGCGCUUUGACCAGGUGGAUCUGUACGAACUGAUACAGCGGGUGGAUCGGCCCUUUGAGCAGGUCAUUAGCAGCUUCGAUGCCAACUUCAAGGUCCAUGUCCAGAUGGUGAUGACAGAGCGCGGCUCCUGCUAUGCCAUCAACUCGCCGAUGUCUUCGGUGCUAAGUGGAAAACCCAUCGUCUAUGAGGAGAUGGAACAGCCGCUCUCCUGUCAGUACGGCAAGCAGCAGUGCUACAUUCGGAUGGACCUAUACGAGAGCACGGGCGUGCUGGACGUGCACUCGCCGUAUGAGGUAUCCGCAACAGAGGCGAACAUUGUGGCGCUGCACAAAUCCGAUGAGAUAACGGCCUCGUUCAAGGUGCUCGAGACGGUGGCCUCGAAAAACCUCUACGAACUGAGCGUGGCACAGCGCAAAUGCGUGUUUAACAACGAGGAGACAUCCAAUCUGAAGAUUUAUAGCAAAUCCCUUUGCCUGGCUCGCUGUCGGGCUGUGAUGGCACUGGAGAUGUGCAAUUGUGUGCCCUUCUUCUAUCAGUUUGUGGAGGGACCUGGCUGCAAUCCGGCGGGAUUCGAGUGCCUGCUGGACUUCAAGUGGCCCAUCUGGGCCCUGCACAUAUGCAAGUGCCCGUCGACGUGCACGGAGAUCGAGUACACAAUGCAGACGGUGAAAAAGAGUUCGUGGGGCGUGAAGAAUAACGACGAGGUGGCGAGCAGUGAGACGGCUACCUCCAGCUUCCGAUGGGACCUGAUUCCGCCCAAGGUGCGCAUGCGUCGUGAUGUUGUCUACAGCUUUGAGGAUCUCAUUGUGUCCUUUGGCGGUGCAUUGGCCUUCUUCGUGGGUGUCAGUGUGCUGGGUCUGGUGGAGAUGGGCCAUGUUCUUUUCCACAACAUGCUCCUAGAUAUUUCCACUCUAAUUCGCUGGGUCUACACUCAGGCCAGACGACACAGAGUCAUCCACAGAGAGGUAGCGGAGGCGUCUACACCUAGGCACCGUCAUAGCCAUCAGCGUCUCUCGUUGGCCGACACAGCGGAACUGCCGCCGUUCGACUAUGUGAAUUGAUAAGC